AUGCACGAAAAGGUUGAACAGCUGGAAGCAGCUCAGAAGUCACCGCAACCAACAAUGGUCUCUAUUGCGAUCGAGGCGAAAAUAAACGAAGAGCGCGAGAGAAUAGCGGAAAACGCGGAGUUUAUGGAACCUCUCGUCGUAGACGAAGAAAUGGAUGACGAAGAGAAAUCAUUGCGAAAAGAAAUCGAACAACUCGAAGCUGAACUGACCGACCUCAGCCGACACAGGCGAGAGCUAGCGCGGAGAAGGAUUUGUCGACCCCGCGAGUAUAGAGCUGGAGUUUAUCGCACGGAAGAAAAGACGUAUGCCAUGUACAUUUUGUGGAGUGAAAGGACAUCACUACUCCGACUCAUGUACCAAAAUACGCACAGGAAAAGAAAGAAAGGAGUAUCUCGAUAG